AUUUCCUCUCUUAUUCUUCAAUUUUGUAAACAUCAUUGUUCCUAUCCUUGGAUCACAGAGGAUCCAGUCUAUGAAUGGCAAAGCUAAUAAGAUCUUUGGCUCAUCUAUGGCCAUCUUUUAUCAAGAUAUGUAUGCUGAAUCUUGUCCUCAACUUCAACAAGAUCAUUGUAUUAGCAGAUGACAAUGGAAAAAGUGAUUUUACAUCAUUUGAAAGUACUUGCAAGAAUACAAACUAUCAACUUUUUCUUCCUCCACCAUAUCAGAAUAUAUCCUCUACAAUAUGUAAACCUGUUUGGAACACAUAUGAAUUGAGGUACACAAAAAAGGAUGAUAUCACAACUAUAAUACUAUCUGCACCCUAUACUAUUGGGUGGGUGGGGAUUGGAUUUUCAAGAGAUGGUAAGAUGAAUGGUUCAAGUGCAAUGGUGGGAUGGGUUAACAAACAUGGUCAUGCAAAAAUAAAGCAGUUUUAUCUAAGGGGUAUGAAAUCAUCAGAAGUGAUUGCAGACAAAGGUGAACUGCCUCUAAAUAAUGUGCCUGCUGCUGUAGCAACAAAUGGGGCUGACAUUUAUUUGGCAUUUCAGCUUCAAACAGCUAUUCCUUUUGGAAAGCAACCAGUUUUAUUGGCUUUUAGUACUAAGCAUCCACAUGAACACCACCUGUCAAAACAUGAUGACAAAACAACAAUUAUUUUUGAUUUUUCUUCUUCAGGUUCUAAGGGUCCAUCAUCCAAUGGUUUGAUUGAGAUGAGGAAGAAUCAUGGAAUAGUGGGUAUAAUUGGGUGGGGCUUAAUCCUGCCAGUAGGGGCAAUUGUUGCAAGGUACUUCAAACAUAAGGAACCACUUUGGUUCUAUCUACAUUCAGUGAUUCAAUUUAUAGGAUUUGCAUUUGGGCUUGUAACUGUCCUUCUUGGAUUACAACUCUACUCCAAAAUGCAUGUCCAUAUACCAGCUCAUAGAGGAAUAGGCAUUUUUGUCCUUGUGCUAAGUAUUCUUCAGAUAUUGGCAUUCUUAUUGAGACCAAAUAAAGAUUCCAAGAUCCGAAAAAUUUGGAAUUUGUAUCAUGGCUGGUUUGGAAGACUGGCACUAUUCUUUGCAGCUUUGAACAUAGUGCUGGGAAUGCAAGCUGCAGGAGCAGGGAAUGAUUGGAAGACAAGCUAUGGAUUCCUUGUUAGUAUUAAUAUUGUUGCAGUUAUUGUUCUAGAAAUUUUGGCAUAUUUUAAAAGAUCAGAGAAGCGUUCUCUUCCUCAUAGUUUCCAAAUGGACCCAAUUGAAGAACCAACCUUUCCAACUAAUAAUAAUCUACCAAAAGGGUGAAUGUGAUGGCUCCUAGUUUUGCACUUGUGUAAACUCAUCCUUAUGGAAAUAUGUAGAUAUCUAUAGCCACCUAGAAGUUUGCCAAGAAGGACAAUCCUAACCCUGGCUUCCUCACAUGAACUUGAGAUUGAACUUUUUUUUUUUUUCAUUUGAGUUUCUGCUGCUGAUUGAUCGGGUGCAAUGUCAUUUUUUACAUCUACACUUUGUUGUUUUUUUUUUUCUGUACAAAAGAAAUGUUUUUGAAAUUUCAAAAUCAUAUUGGUGAGUGAUCAUGUUUUGAUCAAAAGAGCAUAUUCAUACAUGGAUCCUUCACAUAAUGCUCAAGCAAUUCCUUCUUAUUCUGAGCAUGUGUUUGGAACUACAUUUGCUUGCAAGUCAUUUUUCGCAUUCCUGUACAUUCUUGAUGUGGUAUAAUAUAUAAAAGCUACAAUAUUAAACUUCCACGUUGA